AUAAAUCGCUAGAAGGCCAUCGUGCCAAAGCAAAAUACAGGGUAAUUCUUUCACUCUUACUUCGCGAAAGCCUGAAACCACAACACAACGGUUUAUUCAUCUUCUCUACAAGCUGCCAAUAUUCAGAAUGACACCCGAGCAAUUCAAAUCAAUCUGGGAUGGAAUCUUCACCGGAAACCCAAGCGAAGCUCGUUCAUUUUGUGAAGAAGUACUCAACCCCAACUAUGUUCGCUUGGAGGCUGGCAGCGACCGAACGGACUUUGAGCGCGCCGUCGAGAAAAUUACUUUCUUCCGCCAAAACUGCAAGAAAAUCAAUAGUUCCUUGCUAUUAUUCGCUUACGACAACAAGAAGCUUGCUGCACGACUGAUUUGUGACUUGGCAAUGGGUGAGGAAGAGGAGAAGAAGCUUGAGGUCAUGAUUAUGGUGGAGCUUGACGACGAGGAGAAGUGGGUGUCUGCUUGGGAACUGAUCUCUCCGUAUUUGGGUUGAUUUUGA